AUGUCGUCCAUCGAGUCAACAACAGAAUCGUCCAGCUCUGCAUCAUCUCAGGAUUCCAAGCAAAAGCUAGACAGUGGUUCCAAACAGAAGCCUGAACAUCUAUGUAUACGGCCGCUCACAAUCUACGACUGGCAGCAAGUGAUGGAGUUAGAGGCCCAGGGAUUCCCCGAACACGAGAGAUGCUCCGAGGAGAAAAUCAAGUACCGUCUCACAGUGUGUCCGGAGCUGUGUUCAGGACUUUUUGUGAGGGAGUUCGAGGAGAACGCCGCGCAAAACGACAGUCCUCCUCCGCGUUCUACCAUCGUGAAAGAAAAGCUUAUUGGACACAUUCUAGCCACCAAGACUUACGAUUCCACCAUCACGGAACGGUCUAUGGCGAUUCCGAAGGACGAAAACGAUUCCCAGAGCGGCCACGUCGAGAAUAGCCGCACCAUCGGCAUCCAUGCCGUGGUGAUCGACAGCCAGUACCGCGGAUUGAAACUGGGGUCUCUAUUGAUCAAGGACUACCUGCAGAAACUGAACCAACAGUAUGUGGCAGACAAGGUGGUUCUACUGGCCAAGGCUCAGGUGACGCCGUUUUACCGCGGGCUGGGCUUCGUGGACGACGGCGUGAGCUCUUGUCGGUUCGCGGGCGAGGAAUGGCAUGAUAUGCAUUGUGAUCUUACACACGAAGACGAGGACGAAGACAUGUAACAGUGUUUGUGGAAUUCUAUUAGAAGUAUGGGUCGAACAGCCUUUUGAGCCAGUGAUUGCGGAACACUCUCAUACCGUACGAAGAGCCGGCUUCGAAGUCGCCACGCAGUCGCGCUUUGACAAAGUUGCGCUCCACUAUUUCAAGACGUCGUUUGUAGAUGGUGAAACUAAUAAUUGCGUACGCCAGUCCUAUGAUCAGGUCCAGCCGCCAAUGGUGGUCCAGAUACAUCGUGGCCCACCACUGUAAAAUGACAAACACGAACAUACCAACUUUUGGGAACCGCCAUUUGGUGUAGAACGCGAUGAAAAACAUGCAUUGGACCGCCAUCGCCGAGUGCAACGACGGAAUGGCUCCGAACACGAUCGGGCUCUUAUGGAACCCUUUGGAGUUGAGAUGUGUGCCGAGCGCGACAUCCACACGAGUCAGGCCGGCCGCGUAUCCGGGCAUAUCGUAGUUCGCGGCGGCGUCCUCCCCGUACAAGUGGAUGAACCACGGAGGAGCAUUUGGAAAGAGCAUGUGAGUGAUGACGCCGGCGAUGUUUUGCGUGCCAAGGGCAAAGGAAAACCAUUUAACCGCGCCAGGUGCCUGGAAAACAUAGAGAUAGAUUGCUGUGAACAGCGGCGCAAAAAAAUGGAACAGGACGUAUGAGACCCACGCCAGCAAGUCCCGUAUGGUAGUUUGAGGAUAAAUUAGCGCGUGAUCGAUGUUCAGGAUUGGCCAGCACAGCGCUAGAAUGAGAACGGGGGCUGAAUAGAUGCAGGAGAGAGGGAGGUAGGUUGGCUGGGACGACGACGUGAGAGGCAGAUCUGUCGAGGAUCUUCUGGACCCGCUAGAGCCACUGGAUCCCUCCGAAAUGGUGCCUGUUUGCGACAGAUGUGUCAUUUCGACGUUAUUGUCGAGCUGAUUUUCUUCGUCGUUUUUCGUCGAACUCACGAGCACGUGUUCCUCCUGGCCCGACUCAAAGUGGGCACGGUGCGGCACUUGGUAUAGAUAGCUCCAAAGCAGAUAUGAACACGUGAAUAUCAGAAGGAAGGACACCCAGGCAGAGAGUCUGUUGGGGUCAAACACGAAUGAGUCCAGCGACAUGGCCAGUUUCACGUGGAUCGUGGGCCGGAUCUCGUUCGGGACAAUUCCGGCGUUCUUGAACAUCAGCAACCAUAUAAAUACAGGCGAGAAGUUGAGUGCAAAAUUCAGGAUGAGGCCAAAAAUUGAUCUCUUGUUCAAAGCCUGGCUUAGCAUAUGUUUUGCCAGCUGGAACAAGAGUAAGGGUAAUCGAGGAAUGAGCGAUACGGAAGACAUGACUAUGUGGUUCGCAUGUAAUUCCGAC